GAAACCAUCAUGAAACUGGAGCCAUGGUUUACAGCAGGUCACGAAUGCUGGAAAAAGUACAGAGUCCAGGAGAGCAUGGCUUGGGCCUUUCUGAAUUCUGUUUUUUUCCCCCUUUUUUUCUUAACUUUCACUAAGGAGAUGAGGGUUACGGUAGUCUGAGGCUUCCUUCCCCAGGUCACAAAAUAUGACAGGCUGCAACCUUCCCCACGUUCAAUGAUUUCUGCAGUAAGCCAAAGGACUGCCAAUAAUUUCGCUAAGAAUGUCUGCUAGUUCGAUUACUGGGGAUUUUCAAGACUUUCUUAAGCAUGGACUUCCAGCUAUUGGUGCUGGGCUUCCGGACCGACACCGACGCCCCAUUCCCGCCCGCAGCCGCCUUGUCAUGCUGCCCAAAGUGGAGACGGAAGCCUCAGGACUGGUCCGAUCGCAUGGGGAACAGGGGCAGAUGCCGGAAAACAUGCAAGUGUCUCAAUUUAAAAUGGUGAAUUACUCCUAUGAUGAAGAUCUGGAAGAGCUGUGUCCUGUGUGUGGCGAUAAAGUAUCUGGGUAUCAUUACGGUCUCCUCACCUGUGAAAGCUGCAAGGGUUUCUUUAAGCGAACAGUCCAAAACCAGAAAAGGUACACGUGCAUAGAGAACCAGAACUGCCAAAUUGACAAGACACAGAGAAAACGAUGUCCUUACUGUCGGUUCAAAAAAUGUAUCGACGUUGGAAUGAAGCUGGAGGCCGUGAGAGCUGACCGCAUGCGAGGAGGCAGAAAUAAGUUCGGGCCAAUGUACAAGAGAGACAGGGCCUUGAAACAGCAGAAGAAAGCCCUCAUUCGAGCCAAUGGACUUAAGCUGGAAGCCAUGUCUCAGGUGAUCCAAGCGAUGCCCUCAGACCUGACCUCUGCAAUUCAGAACAUUCAUUCUGCCUCCAAAGGCCUACCUCUGAGCCAUGUAGCCUUGCCUCCGACAGACUAUGACAGAAGUCCCUUUGUCACUUCUCCCAUUAGCAUGACAAUGCCACCUCAUGGCAGUCUGCAUGGUUACCAACCAUAUGGUCACUUUCCUAAUCGGGCCAUCAAGUCUGAGUACCCAGACCCCUACUCCAGCUCGCCAGAGUCAAUGAUGGGCUACUCCUACAUGGAUGGUUACCAGACAAGCUCCCCGGCAAGCAUCCCUCAUCUGAUAUUGGAACUUUUGAAGUGUGAACCCGAUGAGCCUCAAGUUCAAGCGAAAAUCAUGGCUUACCUACAGCAAGAGCAGAAUAACCGGAACAGGCAGGAAAAGCUGAGCGCGUUUGGGCUCUUGUGCAAAAUGGCGGACCAGACCCUGUUCUCCAUUGUUGAGUGGGCCAGGAGUAGUAUCUUCUUCAGGGAACUGAAGGUUGAUGACCAAAUGAAGCUGCUUCAGAACUGCUGGAGUGAGCUCUUGAUCCUGGAUCACAUUUACCGGCAAGUAGCACAUGGGAAGGAAGGGACAAUCUUCCUGGUUACCGGAGAACACGUGGACUACUCCAGCAUCAUCUCAAACACAGAAGUCGCAUUCAACAACCUCCUGAGCCUCGCCCAGGAGCUCGUGGUGAGACUCCGUUCCCUUCAGUUUGAUCAGCGGGAGUUUGUGUGUCUGAAGUUCCUGGUGCUGUUCAGCUCAGAUGUCAAGAAUCUUGAGAACUUCCAGCUGGUGGAAGGCGUCCAAGAGCAGGUCAAUGCUGCCCUGCUGGACUACACACUUUGCAACUACCCACAACAAACUGAGAAAUUUGGACAACUGCUUCUUCGACUACCAGAAAUCCGGGCAAUCAGCAAACAGGCAGAAGACUACCUGUACUACAAGCACGUGAAUGGGGAUGUGCCCUACAAUAACCUUCUCAUUGAAAUGCUGCACGCCAAAAGAGCCUAAGUUCCCACCCCUAGACCCUUGCUCUAGGGACAGAGACUGGAGGGAGAAGAAGAGGAGGAGGAGGAAGGAAGACAAACAAUGCUCUGAACUGCUCCAAGCAAUGCUAAUUACAAACUUGGUUUAAAGACACUGAAUUUUGAAAGCAUAAUAAUGAAUAGCAAAUAAAUGAUAUAUCAGGGUAUUUGUACUGUAAACUGUGAAUCAAAGGCUGCAUAUCCCCAAAGGAUUCAUAAUGGGAUGGAUUGAACUUACAGGUGGAGACCAAUACCACAGCAGAAUGAAAAUGGACGAAACAAUCCUUGUAUAUUUAAACUAAUCUUCUAUUAAGAAAUUCAGCAAUUGAUCUGUGUUAUUAAUUGGACUUGUCCAGAAUUACUCCAUGGUGAAGCUGAACAACUCAAGAAUACAUGGGCUGAGCCCCGGCAGCCCCUCCAUCCCCCCAGAAGGCCCUAUGCCUUCUGACCUGUGAGCCCUGAAGCUAUGUUAAGGACUUGUAUUCAGCCACACCCAGUAGUAGCUCCACUAAACCAUGAUUUCUGAAUGUCUGUGUCUUAGACCUGCCAACAGCUAAUAAGAACAAUAUAUAAAUAUGUCAGCUUGCCGUUUUAAAUAUGUUCUGAAGUUUGUUUUGUCGUGUGUUUGUAAUUAAAAAAAAAAAAACAGGCAGUAUCCCUCUUCUAUAUAAACAUUACUUAAUAUUAAGGGAAAUCAAACAAAUCUAAGCCAAUACUCCCAACAAGCAAGUUAGAUCUUGUUUCUGCUGUUGUUGUUGAAAUGUGGCUUUGGCAUGGUUUCAUAAAAAUUUUUGGCCAAGAGGCUUAUGUUAGUAUACAUCCAUCUGUUUAGUCAUCAAGGUUUGUAGUUCACUCAAAAAUAAACCACUAGACAUCUUUUGCUGGAUGUCAAAUAGUCACAGUCUAAGUAGCUGGAAAGUCAAAGCAGUUUGAGCAUUGCCAAAUGAAAGAAUGGUUGGGCUGCAAAGAUGAUUGACUCAAGCAAGGUUCAUCCCAGUUGUAACUUGAGCAUCCCCUAAACUGGGGAUGCAAAAGCGUAUGGCCUGGGAAGACAGGAAAGCCAGUCCUCCUACAAAGGGGAAGUGGAAGAUACUGGCCUCUCAUAGUCAUAGACCAAAGUCUGCUAUAGAACAAAAUACUGGAGGGCAGAGAUAGCAAACAAAGUCUCCAAACAGUGCUGUCAGUAUUAGCAUGCGAUGCCACAGGCAUGGAAACCUUGCCUUACUUCCUGGUCCUGAAAGGGAACUGUGCAGAUGUGGAUCAACGUUUUGUUGAAAAUAAAGUAUUAAUACUUUAAAGUCAAAAUAUAGUGUUUACAUUCUUUAGGUCCUGGGAGGAGCUGGGGGGAGGGACUCUUGAUAAUACAAGAUAGUAGAAGCAGUCGUUUCUUUAAUUAUUUUUAACAGUUUAAUUAUUGUAUGUCGUGAGACACUAAAAUCAAGAAUGGGACUCUCAUUUCCUCUAUAAUUUGUUAAGAUUACCAGCAGCACAAUCACUUGUAGAAACUGUAUUAAAAAAAAAAAUCUCCCAGUCCCUUUGUUUCUGGCUUUGGAAUAGUUUUAUUUAUAUUGUAUAUCAUAAUAGUUUCAACUAUAGACAAUUACAAUGUUAAUUUAUUGUUCCUUGGGUUCCCCUUUGUAUAAGAUAGAGCCAAGACUAAAGAAACCAAAUAUAUGUGUUUACUAUAGCAUGUCUUCAAGUUAGUGAAACAUAGUUCAGGGGUAUAGAAGGGUCUUAAUGAUUAAAACCAUCCAUUUGAUCACAUGUCCUGAAAUUCCCAUAAUCUUUCUGUAUCUUAUUUAAUAUCCAUUGUAAAUCAUGUGACUUAAUAGCUUUUUCUUGUUUUUAAGACAUUUUAACAAUAAAAAGAGUCUUGCCUGGUUUUCCUUUCCAAACAUUGUAAGUUGUAUACCAAAGAUAUUAGUUUAUUACUUCAGUGUGUUUUUUAAAAAAAGAUUAUUUUAUUACAUUUAUGAAUCGCCUGUAAUAUCCACCCACGGGAGGGACUCACACUAGCUGUGUUGGGAUUGACUCUCAGUGUUAUCCUCGUUACUCUAAGGAGGAGGAAAGUCAUUAAUGAAAGCUCAGAUCCAAAGCAUUAAACCAGACAGAGAUAUGGCUGUUCCUCCCACUGAAAAACCCAAGUUGGUUAAAGGCACACGGAGAAGGUGCAGAUGCCAGUGGCUAAUGGGAGAGCUCUAUCUUGGGUGUCAAUGUGACUAGAAGGAUGGCUGUUUGGAGGGUUUUGACAUUGAAGACAAAAAAUCCAUGUUUCCCUAUUUUACAUAUCUAGUGCUCCCCUACCCAACAUUAAACCUAAAAGUUGUCAAAUACUGGUUUGUCGUUCACCGAGUAGCUUUCACCCUGAGAAUGGUUAGAGAAACAGGCAACAGUCACAUCCAUACCAAGGACAGAAGCAGCUUGAGCAGGAGUGUAGGUGGUGCCCUGCAGUUAUCGGAUGUCAGUUGGUAGCCCAGUUUGUAACUUAGCCAACUGCUUUAUUGAUUUCUAGGGUUCCUAAUAAAGGCAGACUCAAGAGGGAAAGGUCUUCAACUGAGCUGGGUUUCCCGUAGUUGGUCUCUGUGAAGAGACAGUCUGUGAUGUCUUGAGUCUUUGGAUGGUGGCUCUUCCGCAGCUGCCUUGGACUUGAAUCCAUGCAGUCUUCAGAGUGUAGAGUUGGUACCUUGUUGACGUCUUCUUACUGUAUCAGUGAAAUAUACACAUUGUCAUGUCGGUUCUUGCCAUGAAUUUCUCAAUGAAAGUGGAUUUUUUUCCAGUAUUUCAAUAAAUAUUGAUAUGUCCACCUGGUAA